GAAGGGUUACUGCCUUGCGCGGUGGAACCAAGAUGGCGGCGACUGAGUGACGGCGGAAGGGUCUCUGUGAGGAGGUUCUGGAGUUCUAGUAUGGCUUUCAUCAAGGGACUUCAACCUUUGUGUUUUGAAUAAUCGUAUUGCAUCACUGCUUUACUGGAACUAAAGAUCUCACAAGACUCUAUAAGGAAAUAUGUGUACACCUAUUUUGUGGAUAUAGCACUGAGUAAAAAUAUGAAGGAAAAUGAGGGCAGAGUUUCAGAGCUGUGACAGAAGAAAGCAUCAAACAGAAGAGAAGAGUCAAGUUAAGGAGAAAACGGGGCCAAGGAGAAGAAAAGUUUGUCCAUGAAUAAUUUAAAUGAUCCUCCUAACUGGAACAUCCAGCCUAACGCAAGAAAUGAUGAUGGCCAUGGAAGCAAAUGGAAUUACGCUUUGUUGGUUCCAAUGUUGGGUCUGGCUGCAUUCCGUUGGAUCUGGUCCAGAGAGUCCCAGAAAGAGAUAGAAAAAGAGAAACGGGAUUACUAUAGAAAACUGGUAUUGGUACAGAAAGAGCUUGAAUCUAAAUACCGUGACAUAAUCACAGAGAACCGUCGUACAGUUGCCCACUUAGAGUUGGAACUGGAAAAGGAACAGAACCGAACACAGAGUUAUCGCAAUGCCCUUGUCUCUCAGAGUCAUAAACUUGUAGAAGAAAGAAGAGCUCUGGAACAAGAACGUGCAAAAUUGGAACAAGAGAAGCAAAUUCUGCAGCACUCUGGAGCGGUGGGUACUUUGUAUAAGAAUUGCUUGGAGAAGGAAGAAGAGUGGCAAAAGAGAGCUACUGCUUUAUUAAAAGAGUUUGAAGAAGCCCUUACCAAAAGACAGGACAUCUAUUGCAGCCUUAUGGUACCAAGACAUCAGCGAUUAGAAAUAGAGAAGAAAAUGCUAGUUAGAGCAGCAACUGAUCCGGUUGCUGUGGACCUCGAAAUGGAAACUGGCUUAAAAAAUAUUUUCAGGCAUGAUACUUUUUGCAGCAAUUUGCUAAACACCAAUAAACGUCAGAAUGGAAAGCUAAUGUGGCUUUACCUCCAGUACUGGGAACUGUCUGUUGAACUCAAAAAAUUCAAGAGGGUAGAAAAAGCCAUGUUCGGAAAAACUAGUGGCUGAAAAGUAUGGCUUUGUGACACGAAUCAGCUAUGAGUGAUUUUUCACAUUUAUGCUAGUAGUCCAGUGUGAUAUAGAAAUCGUUGGUGAAGCCAUUGUGCUUGUAUACUCUGCUUUAUUGGAUGUCCAGACCUGGCACUCCAUAAUUUCCCCAGCAACCCAGAGUAAAAAAAAAAAAACAGCUUAUUUCUUAACAACCCAGUUAUAAAAGCAAGAACUCAUAGUUUGUAGCACUAGUCCAGUGGUUCUCAACCAAUGGACUGCCAACUGUUUUUGACUACAACUCCCAGAAGCCUGAACUAGCAUAGCCAGUGGCCUAGAUUUCUGGGAAAUGUAGUUCAAAGCAUCUGGAGGAACAAAGGUGAAAACACCUCUAGUCUAUUCAGAGAGAGACCCGCAGAAUAAUAGAUUCUGUGUGAGAGAAUAUGCAUUAUGUGAUAUAUUUCUUAUAUAUAUCAUGUAAUAAAUACACUUUAUUUCUCUCUGAUUCAUCUCAAACAGAUAUCCCCCAAUACUGAAAACAACAAGAACACUAAUCAUGGGUAGGUGGGUAUUUGAUGUAAUAUACAAAUAUGUUUUCCAGAAAAUAGAUGGCAAUGCAAAUGAUAGAAGCUGAAGCUGAACUCAGGAAGACAUUGAAUCAUGGGGAUAAAGCGGUAGUAUUCACAUUUUAAUAAAUAUGCAUAUGAUUUCACUGCUAAUAAGACAGACCCUGAGCUUUAUGGUGCCUCUUGGAUCAGCACUCAGUGGCAAAGGAAAAUGUAUUUAGUAGUUGAUACAUCAGUGCCAUCUUCUUGCAAUGUAAGUCAGAAUUUUAAAGAAUUGCAAGUGAGUUCCUAAGAGGUGCAGCGUACGAAUUGUAUUUUUUGGUAAAAGAAACUAAUUAAACAUAAUGGAUUGUUGAGAACUUGAGUAUUAUUUGAAAGACUGUUGAACUUCCAAUGGCAUCAUGAGGGUACAGACUGCACCAGGUGACACCUUAAAGGGGGGUGACACCACUGCUCCUCAAACAUCAGCUUUUGGGCAGAAACAGGGUGUGACAUUCACCUGUGUCCCAUUAAGAUGCUGAAUAGAUGGUUGAGGAGAAAGACGAAUCUCCAGUUUAAUGAACUUUUUAAAUUUUCUUUAAAAACAUCACAUUUUACCAAGUGUUCAUUUUAAGCACAUGAAACUAAACAUUUAAGCUGUGCAUAUGAUACUGUAAUUUAAAAGUACAAUUGUGAUUGGGCUAGUUGUUUAUGUCACAGCUAUUACCAUUAGAUUCAGUGAUACGGCAAUUACAAUUUAUGAGUAACAUUAGUACAAAAAAAUCCUAAGAAUUCUGUGUGGUAGUGGAAAAGUUCAAUAGAGGAGGUGACGCCAACCCUAGUGACGUUACUGUGGACUUCCACCUGUCACUGAUACUAACAAGAUGACAUAUCUGUAUAGUGAUGCUUGAGAUAUGCCAUCUCUGUUAUUGUCAGUGUGCUGUAUCUAGAGAAUUCAAUGGUGUGUCAGAAAACAUAAAAGUGUAAACGUUAGUAAAAUUAAAACCAGGAACCUUUCAAGAGCACUUGGAAGAUUUCAAAAAUCUUACUGGCUUUUGUCAUAUUCUAGUGAUUGCAGAAUCAUAGCAUUGGAAGAGAUCCCAAGGGUCAUCUAGUCCAACCCACUGCAGGAAUCCACAGCUAAAAAUCCCUGACAGGUGAUCACCCAUCCUUUUCUUUAAAACUUCCAAGUUACCUUCAUAUAUUUUCCUUAUUUCUAAGAAAGUGUCAUUUAAUAUUUUACGUCAAUGCUUGAAUUAAUAUUCUUGAAAAUGCAGUCACUUUUUUUAAAAGGACACCAUAAAAUGGUUGCCUUUUACCUUUGGAUUGCUUGACUUGUACAUAUUAUAUGCACGAGCACAUUAACAGUGGAAUUCAUAGCUGCAGUAGUUCUCCAUACUAUGACUGCACAGCCAUCUCCACUCACCCUCAGUGUGUGAAGUCCGUUGAAUUGUUCAUGUUUUCAGGUGCCUUCUGAGGUCUCUACCUUGUACCAAAUCAGAAAUGUGGGGAAAAUUCCUAUAGAUUUAACGGGAUCCCCUUGUUUCUAGCUCAAUGAACUAAAACUACCAUGGGAGAUCAUCCUUCCUGUCAUGCAUCUGAAGCACCUUGCAAGGACACAGAGCAAGAAUCUCCCUAGAUGAGAUCUCUCCAGCAGUGCUGGUGAAGAAUUACCUUUUCGUCUUCUUCCUGCUUUUGAAUUAUGUCAAUUACUUCUCCUCACUUCUCUGCAAACUAGCUAACCACCCUGCCAAAGAUAUUACAAAAAUCAUCUGCUGACUACUGAUAAAAAUUAGGCUGAUGCUAUCUGAAAAUUUUACAUACACUGUAUGUUAUUUUUAAGUAUCUCAAGUUUGCAAAUGUGUCUUUGCAAGUUACAUCCUUUAUAGUUUUAUGGGAGGGCUUUACUGCCUAUACUAGUGGAAAAUUUGGUGGUAACAGAAUCACCUAUGAUUUCCCCCCCUUAUGUUAUAGCAGUUGUUUAAUGGAUACACUAAGGCUACAUCCUCCUGCUCAUUUACAUCCAAUUUAUUUCUGAGUAAACCAUAUGUAAGUUUCUAAAUGUUCUUGUUGUGUGCCUUUCAGUUAAUUUGUGACUUACAUCCUUUCACAGGGUUUUCUUAGCAAGAUUUGUUCAGAAGGUUUGUCAUGGCCUUUCCCUAAGGCUAAAGAAGUGUGACUUGCCCAAGGUCACCCAGUGGGUUUCCAUGGCCAACCAAGAAUUUGAGUUUUGGUUUCGUAUAGUCCUUGCCCAACACUCAAAUCACUACAGCAUGCUGGCUGUCUGCUUGGUAAAUAACUGACAUUCAUUCAAUAUUCAUUUGUUACUGUACCACUUUCCAUAUUUGCUGACCUGUGUGUUAUUUUCUUGUAGCCAUAAAUUUGUUACUUGGUGCAGACAAGUCAUUCCUCAUCGUGUUUAUGUGUAACAUUAUUAAAUAAAUUAUUGUAAAAUAUUCAAA